CUGUCCGUCUCUCUCACGUCUUAUCAACGUCUCGUCUUCUUCACUGCCCCAAAGAUCCGUUGUUGAUUUUCCUGGGCUCCGAGGAAACACAAUGACAAUGAGCAACCCAGGAACACACUUGGCUCCACCGUCAUCAUCACCCAAGCCCAAUGGUUCAUUUCCCAUGUUCGAUAAUGGAAACGUGGUCAUUCAAUCAAAGCUCGCCUCCUCCUACAACCAGACAAUGCAGCUGCAUGGCGCCAUUCUCACCCAACAUUCGCCGUACUUUUCGAGAACGAUCAAACUGCGGGCGUGCGCCUGGCAUUACUUCACAAUCGAAAGCUCUAAUGAUGGCCAAAUCAAUCUUAUUUCUCACGACUCUCAAUUGAGUAACCGCCCAGUUACCAAUGCCCUCGAACCCUGCCACGCGACACUCAUCGACGGCGUAAAGAUCAAACUUGAAGACGAAGAUUCCGAAAUAAAACCCGAAUCAAAAACGGGAACCGAAGUUGAAGUCAACGCCACCAGAAGCUACACCCAAGUCCUCGCUCUCUUCUACGAUAUACAACUCUCGUCCUUCCCCCACCCAGUCGCCAAAGUUCUCGGUAUUGCCGAGCGACUCGUUCAAACGUCCAUAGAGCUAGAAUGCCUCCCGAUCGUUCGUCCGCAUCUCGGCAAGCUCCUCGGUGAAUACCGCCACGAUCUGUUUGUAGCCAUCAAGAACGACCCACCACGCUGGAUCAAGCUCGGCGAAGCUCUCGAGAACAAAAGCAUCUACGCAGAAUGCCUUGUUCAUAUGGUAGGCGCAUUUCCCACAUGGCCGUGGUCCCCUGCCUCCCGCGCAUCUAUAUCCCCGGAACUCCGCCAGCUCAUCAGCAAGAAAAGACGAGACAUCGACCAGCUCAAAGUAGACAUCGAAAAGGACCUCCUCGUCGUGAGUCUACCAUACAACGAGCGACCGCUAGAUCCCACAGAACGCGACCAAACCGAGACAUGGCUCGUAGUCGCCGUCUUCAGAGAUCAACUAGCGCAGAAGAUCUACAGACUGGAUCCACACUACAGUUCCGAGGCUCUGCUGAAACAAGGGACUUUUUAUCGGAGCUUGGCGAAGGGUUUGUUUGAGCCUUUGGAUGGUGAGAGGGUGAGGAGGGCAUGCCAGGGUAUCAUGAGGGCGGAGUGGAAGGAAUUGUUGGAUGAUUUGGAGAUGUUGAAGAAGUACGCGAGCGAAGUAGUGCUUCCUCUUGCUUUCAAUGGCCUAAUGAUUGAUCCUGAUGCGAAUGGAGUGGGAUAUUUGACGUGUGCCAAGGUCGAGGAUGAUGAUAUCCCGUGGCUUCGUGCAAGAAGUUCGUAAGUGCGAACACGCUCAUGGUCAAUUGUAUGUUUGCAUCAUUCAUG